CUACAGCUCCGGGCGUUCGACGAGGCACAAGCUGCCUCAGCCAGUCGGGCUCAAGCUUCGGCCGAGACGUGGCUUCUCUCGCGGAUCCCUGGCUUCUCAGCGAGCCGUCGUGGCUGCCCGGUGGCCGCGCGGGCCGAAUGAGGCUCGUUGCUUGGCUGGCCGUGAUCUCUGCUCGCUCCGCGGAGAGUGUAUGCCUCUCCGCUGCCCGUCAUUCCGCGGUCGCCUCGAAGGAUGUGAAAAUGGUGGAGUACAAGGGGACCCUGUACCAGCUGCCCAUCGCGCGGGGAAGGUGGAUGUCGGCGCAGGUCCCCUUCUACGUCAUCAGCCUCCUGCUCACCGAGAUCAUGGGCAUCAACGUCACCGAACACCGCGGGGGGACCUCGAGAGACCUCCUGCGCGAGGUCGGCGGCUGCUCCGACGACUCGCUCGUCUGCUCCAUUGGGGAGCAGAUUGCGGGGAAGUUCGCGGACCCCCCAGCGAUCUGGGCGGCGACGGAGGUGUGGACGUCCUCGGGGGAGAACCGGCGGCUCCGCGACUUCGUGGCCAGCGCCUCCUUCGCGGGCUAUAUCGCUGACCCUGGGCUGCGCGCGCUCCCCGUCGCGUACGCACAGGCGGACGCCGCGGGCAUCCUGCUCGGUCUGUGGGAGUCUCUCCUGCUCCCGGGCACCAAGGCGUGCUGCUUCUCGGACGUCGCCGACGUGAUGAACGCCUCCGCCGAGCUGGGCUACGCCUCGCAGAUUACGAAUGGGACGACAGACUAUGAAAAGAUGAAGUCCCUCAAUCUGAGCGAGCAAAUCCAGGACGGGUGGUACAUUGCCUCAGGUUGCCAACACAAUCCAGCCUGCAUCCCUGUCCUCCUCGGAGAGUUCAAUUGGAACAUGGAGGAAUGGGUCGAGGUUGCCGAGGCGAACUCGCUCCCCCUGGCGAUCGCUCCGUACGGCUGGAAACCAGGGCUUUUGACGGCUGUGACGGAUUUGGCGGCAAGGAAUCUCAGUUUCCUUUUCUAUUGGUGGCGCCCCGACGGCGCAUUCGAACAUCUAAGCCCAAAGAUGGUCCUGUUCCGGGAGGAAAUGCUUACCAUCAAGCAAGCGCAGCCGGUAGAGAAGAUCGCGUGGAAUAAGAUCCUCGAAGUCGACAGGGGGAGUGACAUCAUGACUUUCCUCAGCCGAGUAAUGUUCGACAACGAGCAGAUGGACGACUUCUCGACGAGGCAGCUGCAGGCGCAGCUGAACGAGAGCGAGAGCCCAAGGGAUAUUGCCUGCGAGUGGCUUCUGGACAACGAGGCCACGUGGAGAAGCUGGAUACCGGACGUCACCAAUUGCGAGAGUGGUUUCUUUUACGACAACGUUACCGCGCAGUGCAGUGGGUGUGCGCCUGGCACAUUCGCACCCAACAAGGGCAUGACAGCGUGCGAGACGUGCGCUGCUGGGACCUUCCAGUCGCAGCCGGGCAAGACGGCCUGCGAGCCCUGCUUGGCAGGCACCUACUCUGGCCGUGCCGCCUCGAACUGCACCACCUGCCCCGUUGGGCGGUGGCAGGGAGAGAUGGGCCAGACAGACUGCAGCCCCUGCGAUGCCGCAGGUCAGCUGACAACGCAGUGGCCUGGCUCGGUCUCCGAGGUGGAGUGCGCGUGCCCGCGGGGCAAAUACAGGCCGUGGGAGGCCGCCGCCGCCCUCUGCGAGCCCUGUCCGGAGGGCAUGGCCUGCGCGCUGGGCAGCGACCUGGCGAACGUCGUGCAGGGCCCGGGCCCUUUCCCUGGCGACCAGCCCUUCCCACACUGCUCAAGGGAUACAUGUCGCUCCCCUCCGAGCCCACGCGGGUCUUCCGGUGCCUGCCCCAGGACAACUGCCUGGGCGGCGGCCCGGCGGCCUGUGCGCAGCGGAGGGCCGCCGUGCAGCCCGCGUGCGGCGAGUGCGCGGAGGGCUCGUACUCGAGCGGCGGGAGCUGCCGCGAGUGCGGGGCUCUCGAUGUCUGCCCCUUCUUGUUCAUCAGCAUCUGCGCCUUAAUUUGCCUCGUCCUGGUCACCAGGACGGUGAACCAUAAUCUGUUGAUGCACUCCAGCUCCGCGAUCAUGAUCGUCCUGAUCACCGGCCUGCUGUUCGGCGGGGUCCAGGCCAUGGGCGCAUUUACGCAAAUGUCUAUCGACUGGGGCAGCGGGGUUGACGCUAUCCUUGGUUUCAUCAAUGUGUUGAGCUUCGACCUCAAAGUGGUGCGUAUCGAAUGCAUAAUCGGGACUAGCAGCCCUGCGGUAUCCUUCAUUAUGCGCCAGUUCUUUGCCCCUUGUAGUGCCCUUGUUGUUCUCCUGUUGCUCUGUCUCAAGAAGGUGCGGAUCCCCAGCACCAGCAUUCAGGUCGAGCUAGUGAAUACGGUCGGAUCGCUGUUCAACAUAUUCUUCAUGUCUAUCGUUACGUCGGGUGUGUCCCCCCUCAUCUGCUACAAGCACCCCUCUGGCGACAGGUCGAUGGUGGCUGCCAGUUCAAUCCUGUGUUUCGACAGUGACCGACACGUCGUGAUGAUGGCAACAGGGAUCACGUCGCUCAUUCUUGUGCCGCUUCCAUUCGUGGCCUCCGUGAGCUACUUCAUCAUGCACUAUCCUGGGUACUUGGCGACCUCGAAGGACAUGCACUCGCAGAGCGCACUGGCGGCUAUGCGCUUCCUGUAUUGCCGCUUCUGGCCGCGCAGGUACUACUACGGCGUCGUGUUGCUGUCCAGGAGCCUGCUGAUCUGCCUCGUGCCCGUGGUGAUCGGCGACGACGUGGCACUUCAGAUCUGCGUGAUGGUUACCAUCAUCGGCUUUAUGACGCUGUUGCAGCAGGAACUCAAGCCAUGGCGCAAUCGAGUAGUCAACUGUAUGGACGGUGUCAUGUGCAUCAUGCUGAUACUGCUGUUGCUUUCUGGAGCACUGGUGGCCGACCUCAACGUGAACCCUUCAACGGUCGAGUGGCUGGGAUUCAGUACCAUACUUGCUGUCUUCGUGGUCGCAGGCGGAGGGAUUGUGUGGGCCCUCUUCAGUCGAUGCGAUCCCCGACGCAAGUACGGUUUUUUCGUCUGCCAUCACAAAGCUGCCGCAGCCGCCCAGGCACGUCUGCUCAAGAUAAAGCUCAAAGAGCAUACGCGAAGGCGCGUAUUCAUAGACUCGGACAACCUAACUGAGCUGGACAGCCUCUUCGACAUCGUGAAGUGUCAGGUGAAGCACCUCGUCGUGUACUUGACAAGUGACACACUGAGUCGACCUUGGUGCGCAGGAGAAAUCACGACGGCAUUCCACGUGGGCACAGUGAGGGUUACGGCCGUGAGGACGCCGGCAUUCCAGCCGCCGACGGAGGAGCAGUUGGUGAAGGUCGACGAAUUUUUGGAUCUCAGCUCAUGCACGUUGGAGGAGUACGGUAUCUCGUUCGACAGCGUGCGGAACGCCUUCGCGCAGCUGCUUGGCAGCGAAACUCCGCAGCUGAGGCUGGACGAAACGGGCGGAGUUCACACAUUCGACGUACUGGUGGACUGCCUGCUCACGAGGCCCACGACACGGAGACCGGGUAGCGACAUGGUCGUGAGCAUGACCCGCGGUCUGGACUUGCUGCCGAAAGACCAAGAGUGUUCAAUCGUCAUCUGUUCCGACCAUGGCGACAUGGAGGCCGUGGCUGCCGCCACCAUCUUGAACGCGAUGAUCAGGGAGCACGCGUUGUCGGUGGGGGGCAGGGGCGCGGUGCAUUUCUACGACUACCAGCAGGAGGAGGCAGAGAUUUACGGCAGGAUGGCUAAGUGUUCGCAAGCCACCGUGCUGUUGCUUUCUCACGGCUCGAUGAGAUCCGCGACGCAGCUUCGAGUGAUCGUCGACUUGAUGACUGGGGAAGAUCACGGUGUUGACGACCAUCAUGGUCUUUCCAGGCAGUCUGAGCAUGCAGGUGUAAAAAGAAGGAAAGGAAGCACGGCCGUGCCGGUGUUGAUAGACGGUUUCAGGUUCCCCAACGAUCGCUACUACAAAGAAGACCUCCCACGAAUCCUCGGCCCCGUGCUCGCCCAGGAAGCGAGCCCUUUGAUUCAUAAUUUCUUCAAGACGAUCGCGGUGCCAUUGUCCACCGCUGCCUCCGAGACCUUGCUCAAGCUUCAGGCGAAGCAGAUUUUCGCGCGCGCGCUUUUUGAUGAAGUGCUGAAGGCACCACUGUAGAGCAGACUCUGCCCUAAAUGAGGGCGCAGGCGCAGGGGUCUCACAGGGCGCGCACGAGCCGCACUUCCACUAAUUUGUUGCCACCUCCAUGUAAUUUAGGGACUAAGCCAAUCUGAGUAAAAAAGAGAACGAAGAUCAGCAGUUUGCCGUCUAUCUGAGUGAGUGCCCACACCAAAUCUUGAACGUACAGGCCUGUGACGUUGGCUACAUGCUCGAGCGCAUGCUGGCGCAGAGCAGCGCUGGCAGCAGCGCGCGGACAUAGAAGGAGGACAGGAUUGAGCACUGCAGCUGAUUGUCUUCCUAAGUUGUAUCGAAGACCUGCUGGCGGCGCAAGCGCCGACGUAGGCGUCAGUGUCGGUGCUGACGUGGGUGUUACUAUGCUAGCCGAACGUCCGCACAGUGGCCGGACGUCCGUGUGAUGGUCGUCCGACCUUGCCAGCUCCCCUUUCUUCGAUUGCUCCAGGCUGGAAAUGGUGCUCUCAUCCUUGUCGUGCUGAGCGCCCUCGCCGAUGACACCGG